AUGGACAGGGAGGAGAAGCAGUUGGAGGCAGUGGUGGACGCACUGAUCCAUCGGGUGUCUGACCUGAAGAACUCGUUGCAGACAUUCAUCAUGAGGUUGGAGAACGACUACGAGUCCAUAUCGUGGACGCAAUUCAUCGACUCUUAUGUCGUGUUUUCGGCGCAAAUCCAUAAUCUGAUGAAAAUCGUGAAGAACGACAAAACGCCUCCUCUUCGCAGUCGAGUCCUCUUCCCUCUACUCUUGAGUCCAGACAUCGACGAAGAGCUGAUGAAACUGACGGAAGGGAGGGUCCAGUCAUUCAAUCACGAUAUGGUUCCCGACUAUCUUCGCACGAAACCAGAGCUCGAGAUCGAGUCGAAAGAGUCAGCGAUUGUGUCGAAGGCCUGUAAUCUGAGCGCAGAUCAGAGUCAGAAGCAGAUGACGUCCGCCAAUAAGAUCGUCAAUAAUAUGACGGAAUUGGUUAAGAAUUGUCGCGAAGAAUGGGAGACAGAAACCAAUCGCCAGAACCAGACCCAGACGUCACUCAUGUCCGACACGACGACACUCAUCGCUGCCAUCACUUUCGGCAAAGGACUCAAAGCUAUGACCACUUCGAUGAAGGCAUCGCAACCACCGGUGCUGUCGUCCGUCGCGCCCACACCCGGGCCUCAGAGGGCGGGCGCCGGGAAAGCGCCGGCGACUAUCAAGACUAACAUCAAAGCCGCCGCUAAUAUACACCCUUACGGACGAUAA